UUCAUUCCAACGCAGAAAUGUCAACUCAGGAAGUCACCAGGAAAAGACAUUUGGAGGAAGAAGAGGAACAACAAGGUCAAUUCAAUAAUGCUGAUACUUCAACUCCUGAUGUGAAGAAUGAAAACAGCCAUCUUUCCAAGAAAGCGCGUUCGGGUGAAAAAAUUGUAGGAGACGCGACCACUACUGCUACAGUUGUCAACUCUGCAACAACAACUGCCUCAAGUAGUGCUGAUGGGUCUUCUGGAGAAAACAAACCAUCAGCUAAUGAAUCCCGUCAGCAGCAACCUGCUCGGCAACAAUCACAGCCACAACGACCGCCUCGUAACGAUCACGCCUUCUUUGGCACAGACGUCAUGGACGAUGUAGUCCGAACAAUCGGUGAAUUCUUAUAUGAGCAUUGCCAUCAUGCUAACGUCGAGAUUGAAGCAAAAUUAGGUGUGCUGAUUGAUAAGAAUACAGGCAGACGAAUUGAUCUCCCAGUCAGAAGCGAGGUAGUGCUAGUGCCACAGGGUCGUCCUCCUUGGUACCAGUUCUCUUCUGAUAUGACAUUGGCGCAGCAUGCUCAUUUCAACAAAACUUUGAACUGGAGAUUGGAACAAACACGGCGAACAGAACCGCCGGAACGCCAAAUUAGAUACCAGCACACACAUGAAAUUGACCAGCUUUACACAACACCAAAUGGAAAGACUAGAGUCACUGUAGAUCAAAAAACGAACAAAAUCAUACCCAAUGGCAUUAUCAAGAAGGAUAGAAUUGCAGACCUUGAUGUAUUUUCUCCAAGAAACCCUUUUGAUUUCCGUAUAUCAGUAAAUGUUGAAGUGCCAGUGCCGGCGCCUCAAGGAGUUUCACAUCUUGAGCGCCAUAAGGAUAGGAUAUCCUAUCGACAUAACAACUUCAAAAUUGAUUUGACACAAGUCAAAACUGUAAAUUCAGCUAAUGGUCAUAAUCGUAACCAACCUCAUAAUUAUAGUCAGAUGCGUCCGACUAAUUUCAAUCCAAACAAGAUCAACAAUAAUCCGGACAUGACGCAUGAACUUGAAAUUGAAUUUGUACAUCCUGAAGAGUUGGCACGCCAACGUGAGAUCCGGAUAAACAGCAAUGGACGUCAACCUGAUCGCUUCAUGGAGAUUGUUGGGCAUUUUGUUAAUAAUGUUCGUGGUCUUGCUGUACGUGGAAAUAUUCAACAGCCGCCACCACCAUCAUCACAACAACAGCAGCAGCAGCAACAAUAGUAUCCAUCAAGUCAGCGAGCUUUUCAACAACAACGUCCUCGUUAAUAAAUUGGGAGAGUUUUACUUAUAAAAAUGGAC